UUAUUAAGAAUUCUACUGAAAAAUUAAAAAUAAAAUAAAAAAUAAAAAAGAGAGAGAAAAGGAAAGAAAAACCAACACUUUCUUUUCGAUCUCUUGGAAGCUCGCAAAGCCUCUCUGCGACGAGUACACAGAGAGAGAGACAGAGAGAGAGAGAGAGAGCGAUAAUAAAGACAGAGAAAGCUGGAAGAGAUCUGUGUUUCCAAUACAGAAAGACUAUUUCGUAUUUGCAUAUGCAUUGGAAUCCCAUUUUUAUGGGAAAGAUACAUGGUUUACUGAUUUACUGUUUACAUUGCUGUUUCAGAUUUGGUGUUUGAAGCCAAUGUUUGGAUUUAUAGAAACACAUUUUGGGAUUUCUGAAUUUGGGGUUGCGAAUUGGAAGUGGGUUUUUUAGGCUUGGAAAAUAUUUGGCUGCAAGUUAUUCUUCAUUGUGAUUAUUUUCUGACCUCCGUUGUAAGGGCUUAGUCUGUCAGGAUAGCAGUUUGCGCACAAAAAUGGCUGAUGCGGCAGGUCUAGCAGAGGCUGCAGGAUCAAGAUUUAGUUCAGUCGAGCUAAUUGGGAGAGGAUCAUUUGGGGACGUCUACAAGGGGUUUGAUAAGGAGCUUAACAAAGAAGUUGCUAUUAAAGUAAUUGAUUUGGAAGAGUCAGAAGAUGAAAUUGAAGACAUUCAGAAGGAAAUUUCUGUGCUGUCACAAUGUCGCUGUCCUUAUAUUACAGAAUAUUAUGGUUCUUAUCUCCACCAGACUAAACUAUGGAUUAUAAUGGAAUACAUGGCCGGUGGCUCUGUUGCUGACCUAAUACAGUCUGGUCCACCUUUGGAUGAAACCUCAAUUGCUUGCAUUCUUCGUGACUUGCUGCAUGCAAUUGAAUAUUUACAUAAUGAAGGAAAAAUUCAUAGAGAUAUCAAAGCGGCAAACAUUCUAUUGUCUGAGAAUGGUGAUGUUAAGGUUGGAGAUUUUGGUGUUUCUGCACAGCUAACAAAAACCAUAUCAAGGAGGAAGACAUUUGUAGGAACGCCAUUCUGGAUGGCACCAGAGGUAAUUCAGAAUUCGGAUGGAUACAAUGAGAAGGCAGAUAUCUGGUCUCUGGGAAUCACUGCAAUAGAGAUGGCGAAAGGGGAGCCUCCACUUUCUGAUCUUCACCCAAUGAGAGUUCUUUUCAUUAUACCUAGAGAAAACCCACCUCAGUUGGAUGAACAUUUUUCUCGUCCUAUGAAAGAAUUUGUUUCACUUUGUUUAAAGAAGGCACCGGCUGAGCGACCAAGUGCCAGGGAACUUCUGAAGCACCGAUUUAUUAGGAAUGCAAGGAAGAGCCCAAGGCUUUUAGAGAGAAUAAGAGAACGUCCAAAGUAUCAAAUAAAGGAAGAUGCAGAGACCCAAAGAAAUGGUCCUAAAGCUGUAGAGACGUCUGAUACAGUGAAGGUGACAAGAAGUUUAAGAGAAGAAACUGUUCGAGCUAGUAAUCAGGGUAAAAAUCUGAAAUAUGCUGGAUGGGAUUUCAGCAUUAGUGGACCACAAAGUACAGGUACAGUUAGAAGUAAACCACCCCAAGCUAGAGAAAGAAAGCCAGAAGUUCCAUAUAAUCAGGCUACACUUGGGAGAAUUCCAGAAAGUGGUAACCAACGGUUGUUGGCAUCUGGAAAUGCACCUGAAGAUUCUUUUGGAAAAGAUGCUAGAGAUCAGGAGACCAACUAUGAAGAUGAAGAACUGUCUGUUAGUGGAUCAGGAACUGUUGUUAUUAGAACUCCAAAAGGGUCCCAGUUAUCUGCUCAGGUUCAUGAUCAAAUAUCUUUGUCUAGCAGCACAUAUGCUUCUUUUGAUGAUGCUUCUCCCAGUGGAACUGUUGUAUUCCGUGGCCAGCAUGACGAUUCUGAUUCUCCUCGAACUCCUAAAUCCAGGCUGGGAAAUCAAGAAAGAACUUCAAGUUCCUCACUUGAAGACAGUGCUGCAAACCUUGCUGAGGCAAAAGCAGCCAUUCAAGCAGGGUUCAGGAAAGGAAAUGUGAGGGAAAGGUCUGCUGUGGGCAAGAUCGAUGGCCCAGAAAACAGAAGAAGAGAGCGAAUCCCAAAUAGUUCUGAUUCUUCUAGAAAUUCCCAUGAGUAUUUUGAUGCACCAAAAACAUUACCAAGAUUGCUCCAAGCAAGUGAUGAUGAAGAAUAUGCAAAAAUAUUAUCCUCCUGUACACCAUUAUCAGUGCUGCUCAUCCCUUCCUUAAAAGAGGUGAAUGCUGAUGAUUCUGAAGGGUCCAUUGUUCAUGCAGUUGCAAAUUCGCUAAUCAAUAUGGAGCGCUUGAAGCCUGGAUCUUGUGAAGUUCUUAUCAGCAGGUUACUUCAGCGAUUAUCAAGUUCAAAAGAAUCAUCGUUGAAAGAUCUGAAUGAUCUGGCUUCUCAUCUCUUCAUGAAAGGUAAGACAGCCUCUGAAGAAACACAAAACGUGAAUGCAGAAGCCGAUAACAAGAAAAAGCAGCCGAACAAGGAAUUCCCUUCGAAUACAAAUUUGAGCCCACUUGCAAGAUUUCUGCUCUCAAGAUGGCAGGGCCAAGCUUCACGAGAUCUCAACCAAGCUUAAAGGAGAUUGACACAGAAAUUUUUUUCUAUGUUUUUGUAGUGUGAUUCCCGCAUGUGCAUUCAUACUGAUUCAAUGUACAUAUCAUUGUAAGAAAUUCUGUAUUUAUUAACUGUUUGAUCAUUAUUUUUUUUCAUCUCAACAUUUUUGUUUCACAGUCACAGCAUUGCUGUAUAAUUUAGGGGCUUGCUAAAAUAACAUUUGUCAUUGUAAUUUUACAAAAACUUUACUUUGAUUUAUUAAUAAUUAUCUUUCUGCAGCUUAAGAA